AUGCAUCAUUUUUUGAAGCCAAUUCUACGUCGUUCAUCUCCCUUAUGCACUUUUUGCUAUAAUAACAGUGGGCGUACAUUACCUAGCAAAUUACUUUUCUCUCGCCGCCCUUUCCAUACAACUAAGCCAACCCAUGUACCAAUUAUCCCUAUUCCCCUUUUUAUCACGGGAGCACUCAAAAGUGGGCAGCUAGUCAGUCUUGUAUCCUUAUCCUCGAAAACUUCAUUAACUUUAUUACCUCAUACUUUCCGUAGAGGAGGUAAAGCAGAUACUAUUGCCAAAGCACCAAAUACAUCCAGAUUACGUCUAGUCUAUCUCAGUGAAGAAGAAGAAAAAGAAAUUGUCAAGGCAGAAAUCGAUGCGUUACUGGAUUCUCAAAGCGGGCUUGUUGUCCCAAAAGAUAAUGAGGUAGUCAUGUGGCUUCAAACGAUUGUGAAUAAUUUGGCCGCUGCUGCGGUUGAUGAUAUCCGCUUGCCUGUACGCCAUUACGGCGAAGAAACACAAAAUCAAGAGAGCAAAGAAAUCCAAUUGGUACCUACCUUAGACCCCGUGGAUAUACCAAUCCCUCCAACUGAAGAUGAUUUUAGACCUGCCAUCCCACGACGUAACUUUGAUGUCGAUGUCAUUUGGGAUUCAAGUACCGUCAAUGCCAUGUGCGCCGGCUCCAAUAUCAUUGUGUAUAACUUGCUCAUUCAAUACUUGGAAUAUGAUACCAAUAGAAUUGCUGUUAUUCUCUCGCAUGAAAUUGCUCAUUCCCUACAACGGCAUUUUGUAGAACAACGUGGUUUUUCUUCUCUCAUGCUUAUGCUGGGAGAUAUCACACGUGGUGUCUUUUGGAUGGUUACAGAACCUUUCGGUCCUUAUGUCAAUCAAAAAAUCAAUGAAUAUAUCUCUACAUUUAUUGCCUUGGAAACGGAAACAACUUACAACAGAAAACUUGAAAAGGAGGUAUGA